AUGCUCGGGGUAUUUCCACGGCGCGGAGGCGGCUCGCUGUUUGCCCAAUGUCCAAUAUUGUGCCAGCAAUAUCUGCAGGAGGAGGGCCGCCUCCUAUUGUGCCAACUUCCGCCAGAUCUCGUUAAGACCGAAACCGGGAGCGGUGACUUUGGGCUCGAAGGUAGAUAUUGCAACCAGUCGUCGCCAUCUCAUUGCCGAAUCCAAUCUGAGAGUGUUGGUCAGUUUAGCAGACACCUUGGCACUUUAUGCAAGCACGAGGCUCACCAAGCGUUUGUUAAAAUGGAUUCAACACAGUUUCUGAACAUAAGGAAAAGAGACAGUUAA